CGGUUUUCUGGAGCCUGGACCACUCUCUUUUUCCCAGAGAGCAAAGUGGGGCUGGAGAAGGCGUCACCACCCACGUGACUCCUCGGAAGUUUCUGUACUUUGGAUAGACUCUAGAUCCAUAGAAAGAUGACAGAAAGUAAUGGAAAGGAAAAAUGGAUUACAACUAUAAUUAUGAGCUCAUCUCUUCAGAGUCAUGAAGUUGCCGCUAUCUUAAAAAAUGAGAAUCACAAAGUUCGUUAUUCAAAUUCAGUAGAACCUGGAUCCAUUAUUUUUUCUCUUUCUGGGGUGGCGUUUUUACUGCUCGACGCCCAGGACUGUUUGAUGACGUCCGAGGAAGCCCUUUGGGCCCAGAUUGAGAAGUUCAGGAGGAUCCACCGGAACAGCUUUUUGGCCCUCUCGGCCGCCCUCCACGGCCCCGCGGAAUGGGAGCUGAUGUACCGGGUCCAGCAGAGAUUCCUGGGUGAUAAUUUACGCAUCAUCCCAGUCCACAACCCCUUAGACGCCGUCAAACUUAUGACCACCAUCGCCAAGAGCACUGGCAAACCACAUACUGACAACAUUCAGUACAGGAUGAUUGUGGCCAAAGCCCAAAUUAUAGAGCAAAGUCCUGUUUGGAAAACACUUCAGAAGAUACAACUGGGCUGUGAUCCUCUUAAUAUGAAUUAGUCAUUAAAGUCUAUUAAAACUUGGCUAUUUUCUUCAAAGCAAA